GUGACGUCACGUGGCCGCGCCCCUGCUGCCCAGAUAUCUCCUGCGCCGCCCGCCAUUUUGACUCCAGUGUCUUGUUUGCAGUCGGCGCGUUAGGGGAACUGUGUUGCUCCGCAGGCGCGAGGCUGGGUACAGGGUCUGUUGUCUGUGGUUGACUCCGUACUUUGGUCUGAGGCCUUCGGGAGCUUUCCCGGGGCAGUUAGCAGAAGCCGCAGCGGCCGCCUCCGCCCGUCUCCGCUGUCCCCGGGCCCGGGAGGGACCAACUUCGCGUCACGCCCCUCAGCGGUCGCCACUCUCUUCUCUGUCGUUGGGUCCGCAUCGUAUUCCCGGAAUCAGACGGUGCCCCAUAGAUGGCCAGCUUUCCCCCGAGGGUCAACGAGAAAGAGAUCGUGAGAUCACGUACUAUAGGUGAACUUUUAGCUCCUGCAGCUCCUUUUGACAAGAAAUGUGGUCGUGAAAAUUGGACUGUUGCUUUCGCUCCAGAUGGUUCAUACUUUGCUUGGUCACAAGGACAUCGCACAGUAAAGCUUGUUCCGUGGUCCCAGUGCCUUCAGAACUUUCUCUUGCAUGGCACCAAGAAUGUUACCAAUUCAAGCAGUUUAAGAUUGCCAAGACAAAAUAGUGAUGGUGGUCAGAAAAAUAAGCCUCGUGAACAUAUUAUAGACUGUGGAGAUAUAGUCUGGAGUCUUGCUUUUGGGUCGUCAGUUCCAGAAAAACAGAGUCGCUGUGUAAAUAUAGAAUGGCAUCGCUUCAGAUUUGGACAAGAUCAGCUACUUCUUGCUACAGGGUUGAACAAUGGACGUAUCAAAAUAUGGGAUGUAUAUACAGGAAAACUCCUCCUUAACUUGGUAGAUCAUACUGAAGUGGUCAGAGAUUUAACUUUUGCUCCAGAUGGAAGCUUGAUCCUGGUGUCAGCUUCAAGAGACAAAACUCUCAGAGUAUGGGACCUGAAAGAUGAUGGAAACAUGAUGAAAGUAUUGAGGGGGCAUCAGAAUUGGGUGUACAGCUGUGCAUUCUCUCCUGACUCUUCUAUGCUGUGUUCAGUCGGAGCCAGUAAAGCAGUUUUCCUUUGGAAUAUGGAUAAAUACACCAUGAUACGGAAACUAGAAGGACAUCACCAUGAUGUGGUAGCUUGUGACUUUUCUCCUGAUGGAGCAUUACUGGCUACUGCAUCUUAUGAUACUCGAGUAUAUAUCUGGGAUCCACAUAAUGGAGACAUUCUGAUGGAAUUUGGGCACCUGUUUCCCCCACCUACUCCAAUAUUUGCUGGAGGAGCAAAUGACCGGUGGGUACGAUCUGUAUCUUUUAGCCAUGAUGGACUGCAUGUUGCAAGCCUUGCUGAUGAUAAAAUGGUGAGGUUCUGGAGAAUUGAUGAGGAUUAUCCAGUGCAAGUUGCACCUUUGAGCAAUGGUCUUUGCUGUGCCUUCUCUACUGAUGGCAGUGUUUUAGCUGCUGGGACACAUGACGGAAGUGUGUAUUUUUGGGCCACUCCACGGCAGGUCCCUAGCCUGCAACAUUUAUGUCGCAUGUCAAUCCGAAGAGUGAUGCCCACCCAAGAAGUUCAGGAGCUGCCGAUUCCUUCCAAGCUUUUGGAGUUUCUCUCGUAUCGUAUUUAGAAGAUUCUGACUUUCCUAGUAGUAGGGACUGACAGAAUAUACUUAACACAAACCUCAAGCUUUACUGACUUCAAUUAUCUGUUUUUAAAGACACAGAAGAUUUAUUUAAUUUGAUAUGUUCUUCUACUGCAUUUUGAUCAAUUGAGCUUUUAAAAUAUUAUUUAUAGACAAUAGAAGUAUUUCUGAACAUAUAUAAAUUUUUUUAAAGAUCUAACUGUGAAAGCAUAUACAUACAUGUAUAUAUUUAGAUAUAAGCUGCUAUAUGUUGAAUGGACCCUUUUGCUUUUCUGAUUUUUAGUUCUGACAUGUAUAUAUUGCUUCAGUAGAGCCACAAUAUGUAUCUUUGCUGUAAAGUGCAAGGAAAUUUUAAAUUCUGGGACACUGAGUUAAAUGGUAAAUACUGACUUAAGAAAGUUGAAUUGGGUGAGGCGGGCAAAUCACCUGAGGUCAGCAGUUUGAGACCAGCCUGGCAAACAUGACGAAACCCUGUCUCUACUAAAAAUACAAAAAAAAAAAAAAAAAAAAAUUAGCCAGGCGUGGUGGUGCACACCUGUAGUCCCAGCUACUUGGGAGGCUGAGGCAGGAGAAUUGCUUGAACCCAGGAGGUGGAGGUUGCAGUGAGCCAAGAUCACACCACUGCACUCCAACCUGGGCAACAGAGCGAGACUCCAUCUCAAAAAAAAAAAAAAAAAAAAAGUUGUGUUGCCUCAUAGGAAAUGUAUUUGGUUUUGUUGGAGAGUGUCAGACUGACCUGGAAGUGAAACACAGUUUAUGUACAGGGAAAGGAUUUUAUUAUCCUUAGGAAUGUCAUCCAAGACGUAGAGCUUGAAUGUGACGUUAUUUAAAAACAAUAACAACAAAGAAGGCAGAGCCAGGAUAUAACUAGAAAAAGGAUGUCUUUUUUUUUUUUUUUUUACUCCCGCUCUAAACACUGCUGCUGCCUUAAUUUUAGAAAGCAGCUUACUAGUUUACCCUUGUGGUAUAAAGUAUUAUAAAUUGUUGUGAAUUAGAAGAAUCCAUCUACUGUAUUAUUGCUAAAUAUUUUGUUUGUACUAAGGGACAAUUAUUUUAAGACCAUGGAUUAAAACAAAAAAAAACAACUCUGUUUCUGCAGGGGAUGAUAUUAUGAUAUUGGUGAGUUGCCAAAGAAGCAAUACAGUAUAUCUGCUUUUGCCUUCUGUUGUUUAUCUUACCUGCAGAUAUUAAGAAUGUAUGCAUUAUGUAAAAUGCUCAAUUAUAUAUUUUUGUUGAGUUUUUUAAUUAAAAACUUGUAAAAAAAAAAAAAA